AUGGCGGGCACGCCGCUCGCCGCGCGCGCGCGCGCGUCCGUCGCGAAGACGGGAAAACGCGCGUCUCGAGGGUCGCUCGUCAUCCGCGCGAGCGCGGAGACCGACGCCGCCGCCGCGCUCGUCGAGCGCGGGUACCCGUUCGUGAAGAUCGUCGGCCAGGACGAGCUCAAGCUCGCGCUCACGCUCAACGUCGUGGACUCCAAAAUCGGAGGCUGCCUCAUCAUGGGCGACCGCGGCACCGCCAAGUCCGUCGCCGUGCGCGCGCUAUCCGAUCUCCUCCCGGACAUCGACAUCGUCCCCGGGGAUCCGUUCAACUCGUCGCCGACGGAUCCCGAGCUGAUGGGCCCGGAAGUCUUAGAAAAGUUCAGGGCGAAGGAAGACAUCCCCACGGGAGCGAUGAAGAUCCCCAUGGUCGAGGUCCCGCUCGGGACGACGGAGGACCGCAUCUGCGGCACCAUCGACAUCGAAAAGGCGCUCGCGGAGGGCGUCAAGGCGUACGACCCCGGCCUCCUCGCGCGCGCGAACCGCGGGCUUCUGUACAUCGACGAGGUGAACCUUCUGGACGACUCGCUCGUGGACGUCGUCCUCGACUCCGCCGCGGGCGGGUGGAACACGGUCGAGCGCGAGGGGAUCUCGAUCACGCACCCGGCGAAGUUCAUCAUGAUCGGCUCGGGGAACCCCGAGGAGGGCGAGCUCCGGCCGCAGCUCCUCGAUCGGUUCGGGAUGGCGUGCAACGUGAGGACGAUCUUCGAUCGCGAGCUUCGCGUGCAGCUCGUGAAGAACCGCAUGGAGUUCGAGGAGGACCCGGAGGGGUUCGUGAAGUCGUGCGAGGAGGAGACGAACGAGCUCAAGACGAAGAUCGCGGCGGCGCAGAAGCUCUUGAAGGAGGUCAAGAUGGAGAGAGAUUUGGCCAUCAAAAUCUCCGGCGUGUGCGCGCUCGUGGACGUGGACGGUCUGCGAGGCGACAUCGUCGUCACGAGAGCCGCGAAGGCGCUCGUCGCGUACGAGAGGAGGACUGAGGUCACGGAGGACGACAUCAAGCGCGUGAUCGGGCCGUGCUUAUCGCACCGUUUGAGGAAGGACCCCAUGGACACGAUGGACGGGUCUUUCAAGGUCAUGCUCGGGUUUAACAAGAUCUUCAAGGGGAGCGCGAUGGCGGACUUCGCGGGCGCGAUGGCGGAGGGCAUCGAGGAUCCGGAGGCGAAGGCGAAGGAGGAGGAGAAGGCGAAGGCCGAUCCCGCGCCGAAGAAGGCGGGCGCGUGGGGUGGUCUCCCGGGCGGGAGGUGA